UUCAAUUAUUUUCUCCAACAAUCACUUGUUUAUUAUCCCGUCGAAAAGAGCACAGAGCAAGUAAAAUGCACUGAACUUAAAGCUUUGUUGCAGCAGAGAGAGAGAGGACAGGCCAGCCUUCAGCUGCAGACACCACUUCUCUCUUUUAGAGAGAGAGAGAGAGAGAGAUCAGCAGAAAGAAGAAGAAGGAGGAGGUUGAAUUGGCUCAUAACCCGAUUAGAACAACACAAACACAUAGCGUAAAGCACAAGCUUAAUGGGUUCCAGUGAAAACGUGGCUCUUAUUUGUCAAUCUCUCUCUGGUAAGCUAGCUACCCGAAACCACCAUGUGAAAAGUCUCUUUUUCUGCAGAACUACUCUGUGAAAAUGAAGGACCCAGAAGAAGAACAAGUUAAAUCAAGAAAGCCUAUGCAGAAACACACGGAUCGUAGAAGAAGAGGUAGGAGAAGAAGCCAUUGGAAACCAGAGAUAUUAAAAGAAGAAGGGGUUGAUUUAGAACUGAAUCCUUAUGCUGCUUCUUGCAAUAGCCUUGAGUUCACCCAUAGGCCUGGCUAUGGCCAGCUUGGGACAAAGUGUGUGGUCAAAGCUAACCACUUUCUCGCAGAUAUAUCAGCAUCUGACUUGAGCCAUUACAGUGUUAAGAUAGCGCCUGAAGUUACUUCUCGUAAAAUAAGCAAAGCUAUCAUUGCUGAGUUGGUGAGGCUUCAUAGAAAUACAGACUUGGGGAUGAGGCUCCCCGUUUAUGAUGGAGGAAAGAAUCUUUACACUGCUGGUUUGCUUCCUUUUAUACACAAAGAAUUCACCAUAACAUUGACCGAAGAAGAUGAGGGUACAGGCAAUACCUGGGAACGAGAGUUUAGAGUGAAAAUCAAGUUCGUAACUCGUGUUAGCAUGCAUCAACUACGGGAUCUUCUUAGUGGAAAACAAGUGAACACCCCACAAGAAGCACUUAACAUCAUUGAUAUUGUAUUAAGGGAGCUUGCGGCUCAAAGUUACGUAUCAGUUGGAAGGUCUCUCUAUUCUGCUGAUAUAAAAAAACCACAGCAGCUAGGUGGUGGUUUGGAAUCAUGGCGUGGCUUUUACCAGAGUAUAAGGCCUACUCAGAUGGGAUUGUCGCUUAACAUUGACAUGUCAUCUAUGGCGUUUAUUGAACCACUCCCUGUCAUUGAUUUCGUUGCUCAAAUUCUGGGUAAAGAUGUGCAUUCAAAACCAUUGUCAGAUGCAGAUCGUGUCAAGAUUAAAAAAGCCUUAAGAGGUGUGAAAGUUGAAGUUACUCAUAGAGGAAAUGUUCGAAGGAAGUACAGGAUUUCAGGACUGACAUCACAGCCUACAAGAGAGCUUAUAUUCCCUCUUGAUGAGCAAAUGAACAUGAAAUCAGUAGUUGAUUACUUCCGGGAGAUGUAUGGCUAUAGAAUUAAGUAUUCUCAUCUACCAUGCCUGCAAGUAGGGAACGAAAAGAAGGUGAAUUAUUUGCCAAUGGAGGCAUGCAAGAUUGUUGGGGGCCAGAGAUAUACAAAAGGGCUAAACGAGAAGCAGAUAACUUCUCUGCUUAAAGUUUCAUGCCAAAGACCCCGUGAACAAGAGCUAGACAUUCUGCAGACGGUUGAACAAAAUGAUUAUGAGAAUAACCCCUAUGCGAAAGAGUUUGGUAUCAGCAUAGACGACAAGCUUGCUUCUGUUGAAGCUCGGGUUCUGCCUGCUCCCUGGUUGAAAUAUCACGAUACAGGAAGAGAGAAAGAGUACUUGCCACAAGUUGGUCAGUGGAAUAUGAUGAACAAGAAAGUUAUAAAUGGAAGCAUAGUAAGAUAUUGGGCAUGUAUCAAUUUCUCACGUAGCGUUCAAGAAAGCACAGCUCGUGGUUUUUGCCAACAGUUGGUUCAGAUGUGCCAAAUCUCAGGCAUGGAAUUCAGUCAGGAGCCAGUAAUUCCAAUAUAUACAGCAAGACCAGAUCAGGUUAAAAAGGCUUUGAAGUACGUACACUCUGCUGCUUUGGACAAACUUGAGGGGAAAGAGCUGGAAUUGCUCAUUGCCAUUCUUCCUGACAACAACGGCUCUCUGUAUGGUGAUCUCAAAAGGAUUUGUGAAACAGAUCUAGGGUUGAUUUCUCAGUGCUGCCUCACAAAACACGUCUUCAAGGUUAACAGACAAUACCUGGCAAAUGUGGCGCUUAAAAUCAAUGUCAAGAUGGGAGGAAGAAACACAGUGCUUUUGGAUGCGUUGAGUUGGAGAAUUCCACUUGUUAGUGACAUUCCGACAAUAAUAUUUGGAGCUGAUGUAACUCAUCCAGAAUCUGGAGAAGAUUCUUCUCCAUCCAUUGCUGCUGUUGUAGCCUCACAGGACUGGCCUGAAGUAACAAAAUAUGCAGGACUUGUGUGUGCUCAGCCUCAUCGUGAAGAACUUAUUCAAGACCUUUUCAAGUGUUGGAAAGAUCCUCAGCGUGGCAUAGUUUAUGGUGGCAUGAUCAGAGAGCUCUUACUCUCAUUUCAGAAGGCAACUGGACAAAAACCAUUGAGGAUCAUAUUUUACAGGGAUGGGGUAAGCGAAGGACAAUUCUACCAGGUUUUGUUGUAUGAGCUUGAUGCGAUCCGCAAGGCUUGUGCAUCAUUGGAACCUAGUUAUCAACCUCCAGUAACAUUUGUUGUGGUUCAAAAGCGGCAUCACACUAGACUCUUCUCGAGCAAUCAUGAUGACAGAAACAGCACUGACAGGAGUGGCAACAUCUUACCUGGGACCGUGGUGGAUUCUAAGAUCUGUCAUCCUACAGAAUUUGACUUUUAUUUAUGCAGUCAUGCAGGAAUACAGGGCACGAGUAGACCAGCUCACUAUCAUGUCCUCUGGGACGAGAACAAAUUCACUGCAGACGAGAUUCAAUCUUUAACCAACAACUUAUGCUACACGUAUGCAAGAUGCACGAGAUCUGUUUCCGUAGUGCCUCCAGCAUACUAUGCUCAUCUGGCAGCUUACAGAGCUCGAUUCUACAUGGAACCUGAUGUGCAUGAGAAUGCUAAAGCACGAGGGGCAAGAUCAAAUGAUGGCUCAGUUCGGCCAUUGCCAGCUCUGAAAGAGAAGGUGAAGAAUGUUAUGUUUUACUGUUGAAUCCAGGGCAGGGCCAGACGAAUUAAAGAGAGAUUUCAAGUAGAGAAACAGUAGAGGAUAGUUCCAGAGAGAGAAAUUGGAGGUGAAAUGAAUUAGUUGUACAUGUACAAGCCUGUUCAUAUUGUAACGCUUUUUUUUUUCUGCAUGCAAAAUUUUGACUCUGCCUUGACUCUGUUUCUCUCAGUGUAAUGCUUCCGUCAAAUUUUCCAAGUUCAACUUUUGGUUCACAAAAGCUCCUUCACUUAUUAG